UGCGCAGAGUGGGUCAGACCGAAGCCAUUUUAUUAUUUUAACAGCAAAUGUGCAGGUGCAUCAGUAUAUAUCUAUAUUUUUAAAUACACAUAGCGACGGGUUUAAUUGUCCUCGACACCAUGGGCCAGUGCGGGAUUACGUCGUCCAAAACCGUCUUGGUGUUCCUCAACCUCAUAUUUUGGGCUGCAGCCGGGAUUUUAUGCUACAUUGGAGCCUACGUGUUCAUCACAUAUGAUGACUACGACCACUUCUUCCAAGACGUGUACACUCUGAUUCCUGCUGUCAUAAUAAUAGGUGUCGGGACUCUGCUUUUCAUCAUCGGCUUGAUCGGCUGCUGCGCCACAAUACGGGAAAGCUCCUGUGGCUUGGCAACUUUUGCUGCCAUUCUCCUGUUGGUAUUCGUAACAGAGUGUGUGGUGGUGGUGCUCGGCUACAUAUACAGGGCAAAGGUAGAAAAUGAGGUGAAUCAUUCCAUCCAGAAGGUCUACAACAAGUACAACGGCACCAACUCUGAUGCUCCAAGCCGCGCCAUUGACUAUGUGCAGAGGCAGCUGCACUGCUGUGGGAUCCACAACUAUUCGGACUGGAGGAACACACGCUGGUUUAAAGAAUCCAAGAACAACAGCGUCCCAGUCAGCUGCUGUCAACCCAGCAUCAGCAACUGUACAGGCACGCUCACUCGACCAGCAGAUCUCUACCAAGAGGGUUGUGAAGCUCUGGUCGUGAAGAAAUUAAAGGAGAUCAUGAUGUAUGUCAUAUGGGCUGCUUUAACCUUUGCAACCAUACAGAUGCUGGGCAUGCUCUGUGCCUGCGUGGUGCUCUGCAGGAGGAGUCAUGACCCGGCGUACGAGCUGCUGGUCACGACCAACAGCUACGCAUGAAGGACGCAGCCAGCCAACAGAGCACUCAA